AUGGAUUUGUACAAAGAUGAUAGCUCACCAUACUGUUAUUUCCAUCCAAAGGAAGAAUAUGUUGGAGUGUGUCCUCUCUGUUUGAACGAGAGGCUUCUGGUUUUAGCUUCAAAACAGAGAUCAUCCUUAAGAACCAAACACUCUUCUUCUUCACCAAUCAUAAGCCUCCCUAAGAUCUUCGCCUUGACCUCUCUCCUCAGUCGCCUUGAUCUCCGUCACCGGAAAUUCCAUCCCUCCUCCGAUCUUGACGUCUUGACAAGCCAAGAAGAUUCUUUUAUAUCGAUAAAAUUCGAAGACGAUGGAAACGCGUCAUGGGAGAAGAAAGCAGUGUCAAAAGUUUGUGUAGACAACAACACAAACUCAAGAACAUGCAAUAAGAAGGAGCAAUCCCCUAUAACAAGCACUACGAGUAUUGUAGAGCACAAUAGUGCCAAGUCAUCGCUUAGGUGGCGCAAACGUAUUGGUCAUCUCUUCCACGUCAUCAGACUCAGAUCAGGAUCGUCCACUUCUUGCCACGUGGCAUCAUCCAAGGUGGAGAGUGGUAGUGCCAAAGUGAGAAAACAGGGUUGGAUGGUGAGGACUUUAACCAGAAGAAAAUCCAAGAAAAGUAAAACUUGA